AGGCUAUCAGCUUCCUAGUGGCCACCAAUCCUUUUGGAUCUUGCAGACGAUUACGCCUCCAAAGCUCAUACAAGUAAUAAACAAACUUUAAUGGGUUAUUUCGAUCUAACCAUAAGAUUCACAGACGACAUCUUACAUUUGGGAGGGAAUUAUCAAAAAUACAUGCUUCGUGUCUGGGAAGCCUUUUUGCGGUCUUUCGCCAAGCGCAAUGAAGUCCAGCAACCGCGAAGCGCAAAACGAAAUGACGCAGUCCUUCAUUUGCUUAAGCAUAAAGAAUUCAAUAUGGACAAUUGGGAAGGUGUCCCAGGUGAAAUUGAACAGAUUCGCCAAUUUUAUGGGUAUAUGCUCCAUGAAUUCAACCAGUCGUUUGGCACCACCACCACAGCCGAUGCGAUUGAAGAAGUUACUGGUUCAACGCACAUUUCAGGCCUUCUUCGUUUUUCUGCUUGGCUCCUUCGGAGAGCAAUCUUAUAUGAGGGAAGGAGAUGGACACUUCUCCCUUUGGCAUCUCAUCAGAUUGGCUAUGUGCCUAUCCAUGGAACUGGCGUGUACAUUUCCUACAUCAAGCAUGGACUUCCGGACAUAAUGUACCGAACAUCCUCAAAGUAAGCCAAAAAAAAAAGAUGUUAUGUACUAAACAACAUCGCUUCUUUCACAGAGAAUGAGACGAAGUCAAUAUGGGAAUGAAUUCCCGGAGCAUUCAUUACUUUGACGGAAUUUAAGCGGUUGAAUA